AUGUUCCAGAAACCAGAAAUCAGCAAGGUGGUUAUCCGGAAGCCGGGUACCCGCCACCCGCUUAUACUCAAGGGGGGAUAUCCUCCCCAAGGGGGCUACCCACCCGGGGGUUAUCCUCCGAAACCAGGAUUCCUGGCGGCAGGCUAUGACGGUGUAGGAUAUGGAGAACCUGGUUACGGAGGGCCUGCCGGACUGGGUAAAGAUGCUGACGUGAAAGGCUUCAACUUUAACGAGCAGACCAUCAGGGAGGCAUUUGUCCGGAAGGUGUACUCCAUUUUGACAUGUCAGCUGCUUUUAACGCUGUCCUUCAUCACUCUGUUCGUAUACCAUACACCGACGAAACUAUGGGCAGAGCAAAAUACAUGGACUUUCUGGGUAGCGUUCGUGAUGAUGUUUGUAUGUCUGAUUGCGAUGUCGUUCUGCGGCGACCUCCGCCGUCAGUCGCCGACCAACUUUAUUUUCAUUGGACUCUUCAUCCUCGCAGAGAGCUUCUUGCUUGGAGUCACCAGCUCUGUUUAUAAGAGUGAUGCGGCGGUGGGAAUAACGGCAGCUAUCUGUCUCGCUCUAACCAUCCUCGCGAUGCAGACUAAAUGGGUCUCUACGGCCAUUAUUUCUGUGAUGGUAACGUGUUGCAAACCGUUUAAUCGCGAUUUCAUCCCUCGCAACUCAAUAGUGACACUCGUCUAUGCCUCCGUUGGAGCUCUGCUUUUCUCGGUUUAUCUGAUCUACGACACUCAGCUGAUGAUGGGCGGUAAACACAAAUACAGCAUUUCGCCGGAGAAAUAUGUGUUCGCGGCUCUUAAUCUAUACUUGGAUGUCAUAAACAUCUUCAUCCACAUCUUUAUGAUUAUUGGUGUUGCUAAGGAUUAA